AUGCCGUCCCCAGAGGAUCCUCCUGAGCCCACCUCAAGCCCGUCCCGAUCGUCCUCGAAAAGAAGGUUCCAGGAGAGCUCAAAACUCUCCACAAGUCGACACACAUCCACCCCCGAGCACCAGGCAGGAGUGCAAUCCACCAUCCCCUUCACGAAACGACUGAAGACGUCGCACACGUCUGGAAACCAAGGUCUAUCGUUGGAGAUGAGCAAGAGCGCCAGUCUAGAUAAGCGGCCAGUCGUCAUUGACUUGACGAAGCAGCCGCUGCAGUCGAACUUUCAGCCGAACACUGGGGCGAAGAAGCUGCUGGUCAAGAACUUGAGGACGGCCUCAAGGGCGAAGGAUCUCGAUGACUAUUACAGUCGCACAUGGAAUCAGCUUGAUGCAGCUCUGACAGCUAUCUUCAACAGUCAGCCGACUGCUGUGGCUCUGGAGAUCUUGUAUCGAGGCGUAGAAGCAUUAUGUCGACGAGAGAGGGCAGCGGAAUUGUUCUCUCAUUUCAGAAGUCGGUGCAAGGUUUAUUUGGAGAAGGAGCUGCUUCCGAAAAUUCAGAAUGAAGCUGGGACGGGCAAUGUCGAAGGACUACGGACUGUACUUAAGUUUUGGACAAGGUGGAAUGAGCAAUCGACCCUUUUAAGAGCUAUCUUCAGCUACCUCGAUCGAUCAUAUCUUCUUAACAUGAAAGACCUCCCCCAAUUACAGGACCUUAGUAUCGCCCAGUUUCGCCAUGCCGUCAAUACCAAGGGAAAGGCAAAGGACGGGCAGAAAAUGGGCGAGAAAAUCGUCUGGGGGAUGUGUGACCUCGUCGAAUAUGACCGAACCAGGCAGGCUGAGCUAUUCGAUGGCGCUCUCCUGAAAGAUUCGAUUCUGAUGCUCCAUAUCUUUGGAAUAUACACAAAGUCCUUCGAGCCGGAAUUAGUCAAGAGGAGCUCUGCGUACUUCGAAAAAUUUGCCGAGGAAAGGAGUAUGUCAGGUAUGAAGGAGUACAUUUCUGCUUGCGACAUAUUAUUGAACCGAGAGGCCGAUCGCUGCGAUGCGUACAAUUUUGAUAGUACAACGAAACGUAGGAUCCACGAUUCCGCCCACGAAAUCCUUAUUGAACGGCGUUCAAACAUACUUCUGGAUGAGAAUAGCCUUGCCAAGAUUAUCGACAGCAACGCAAUAGUGUCGCUGAAGAUUCUUUACAACCGGUUGCGACUCUCUGGAAUCCAAGAGAGGCUGAAGGUGCCGUUCGAGAGCUAUAUCAAGCGGGCUGGAUCUGAGAUUGUAGUUGAUAAGGACAAAAUCAAUCAGAUGGUCAUCCGCCUGCUUGAGCUGAAACGGAGACUGGAUAAAAUCAUUCGUGACGCAUUUGAGAAGGACGAAACCUUUUCUUACGGACUCAGGGACGCAUUUGGCAACUUCAUGAAUGACAGAAAAAACUUGUCGGUAGCGGGGAACUCCAAAACAGGAGAAAUGAUUGCCAAGUACAUGGAUACAUUACUUCGUGGAGGUCUGAAGGCAGUCCCGAGAUCUUUAACAUCUGAUGCCCAGGACCGAGACGAUGCCGAGAAGCAAGGUCUAGCAAGCACCGGCGACGAAGACGCUGAGCUUGACCGGCAGUUGGAGCAAGCACUGGAGCUUUUCCGAUUCAUCGAAGGCAAGGACGUCUUUGAGGCUUUUUACAAGCAAGAUCUUGCCCGUCGACUCUUGUUAUCUCGCAGUGCUAGCCAAGAUGCGGAACGCAACAUGCUCGCCAAGCUGAAGAUUGAAUGUGGAACCAACUGGACGCACAACUUAGAGCAGAUGUUCAAGGACCAACAGAUUGCUAAGGAUGAGAUGAUCGCUUAUAAGGAGUACCUCAAGGAGAAGGAGAUCAACCCCGCUGUUGAUCUUCAAGUUUUCGUGCUCUCCGCAGCCUCAUGGCCUACCUACGCCGACGACGAGGUCAACAUGCCAUCGGAAGUCGCGCGGCAAAUUGAAAGAUACGAGCGUCAGUACAAACACAAGCACAAUGGCCGACGCCUCAUUUGGAAGCCUCGCCUCGAUCACAGCAUAAUGAAAGCCACUUUCAAGAAAGGCCCCAAGGAACUCGCCGUCUCUGGCUUCCAAGCUAUCGUUCUCCUCCUAUUCAACGAUAUCUCAUCCUCAGAGGACCAAAGCCUCUCAUACACUGAUAUCCAAACAGCCACUAACCUAGUCGACGCCGAGCUCAAGCGUACCCUGCAAUCUCUUGCCUGCGCCAAAUUUCGCAUUCUCACCAAACACCCCAAAGGCAAAGACGUCAACUCUACCGAUACGUUCACUGUGAAUCUAGGCUUUUCGGAUCCGAAGUACAGGAUCAAGAUCAACCAGAUUCAGCUGAAGGAGACGGAGGAGGAGAACAAGGAUAUGCAUGAGCGUGUCCAGAGAGACAGGCAGUAUGAGACUCAGGCAGCGAUUGUCAGGAUCAUGAAGAGUCGGAAGUCUCUGUCGCAUGCACAGCUCGUGGCAGAGGUUAUCGAACAGACGAAGAAGAGGGGGCCGGUAGAGGUUACGGAGAUCAAGGAGCAGAUUGAUAAACUGCUUGAUAAGGAUUACCUGGAGCGUGGUGAUGAUAACUUGUAUGUGUACGUCGCAUAG